AUGGAGAGCAGUCAUUUUCCUGGUUACAGUCAAUGUGUAGCAUGUAGUCAACUGAUACCUGUCAAAGAGACGCGUCAACAUAUACUUAGUUGUCGGCCAGGAUCGUCAAUUGAGAAAAAAUCAUGUCCAUUGUGCAGUCAACAAGUAUCUAUUAAAGAAUAUCAAGAACAUAUUAGAAUAUGUGAUCAACAAAAAAAUCCUCCUUUAAAUUCGUGUUUAUCAUCGAAUAAAAACACAUGCCCAAAUUGUGACAAUUUUCUUGACAAUUUAACCAAUAAUUGUCGAUUAUGUGAUAAUAAUUAUGACAAUAAUAUUGGAGGAUAUUCAACACCAAGAGCACAGACACCACCAUCACCACAGACUGUACUAGAAGAAUCAAUGGAAAUAAAUUCUUUUAAACAAGAGAGAAAAAAACGUUGUAUUUUAUGUUCUAAAGAUAUUGAUCAAUCAGAUUAUGAAAAUCAUGUAUCGAUUUGUUCAGAUAAUAAUUCAGAGAUAAUUAAGACUUCUUCAAGAAUACAAGCAACUUUCAAUGAAAAACAAACUAAACGUUGUGUUUUGUGUUCUGAAGAAAUAGAUAAAUAUGAAUAUGAAGAUCAUGUGUCAUUUUGUUCAAAUGAUCAUACACCAAUAUUAAUUAAUAAUCAUGUGUUAAAUCGAACGAAAGAUUCAAAUGGAAAAUCAACUUCUUACAAAAAUGAUCAAAAUCAAUUAAUUCUUGCGAAUAAAAAGACAAAAAAACGUUGUAUUUUAUGUUCGAAAGAUAUUGAUCAAUCUGCAUAUGAAGAUCAUGUUGGAUCCUGUUCAGAUGAUAACCAUCAUUUUAAUCAAAGAUCAAAAAUGAAUUUAUCAACUGAAAAUUCUUUUAGUAAAAAUCAAUUUUCGAAAGAUAAUUUAACAAUUUCGUCGAGAUGUUCAACGUCUAAAAAACAGCGGCCUAGAAAAGAAUGUAUUUUGUGUUUUGAAUUAAUUAGCGAAGAAGAAUAUGAAGAACAUAUUGGGAAUUGUUCAACAGAACAAUCAAAUAAUCAACAUUUAAAUAUUAAUAAAAAUAAAUAUUCAAAACAAAACAAUGAUAAAAAUUCUUGUACAAUAUGUUCAAAAUCUUUUGAUCGAUCCGAAUAUAUUAAUCAUAUUCAAUCGUGUUCACCAUCUUCUUCUAUUGAUAGUUCUUCUGGAAAUCAUCGUCAUCAAACAACAUUUAAUUAUAUAGAAAAAGAUAAUAAAAGUCAUAGUAAAGCUUCAUCUGAUGUUAUUAAAAAGUCAAGAAAAGAUUGUUUUGUUUGUUUUAAACCAAUUGAUUUAUCUCAAUAUGAAAAUCAUGUUUUAGAAUGCGUUGCUCAAACAGAUCAUCAUUUACCAAAUUCAUUAACAAGAAAAAAUCUUAAAUGUUUAACAUGCAAUUGUUCAAUAAAUAAAAACGAUGGCCUAUACAGAGAAAUAUCUUGUCAUUCACAUCAUAAUCAUUGUCUAGUUUGUCUUCAACGUUCAAUGGAAGAAUUUGUUCGAAAUGGUGAAACACCUGUAUGCCAUAAAAGAUUGUGUGAUUAUCAAUUAUCUAAAUAUGAUAUAUCAUUAAUUCCACUUGAACGUCGAUUAUCUGAUCGUCUUUUGAAACUUGUUAAAGGUCAACAAAGACCAUUUUGUUCAAAAUGUCGUUUUUAUGUUGAUUUGAAUGAACAUUUUGAUGAACAUAUUGAAUUAUGCGAUGAUCUUAUACCUUGUGAAUAUUGUCAAUUACCAUAUUCAUUUAAACAAUUAGAAAAUCAUGCGAGACAAUGUCAACAUGAUCCAACAUCUCAAAAUGAAAAAUUGACAAAUUUUAUUUUAACAAGAACAAAAUAUCCAUUUACAAAAGAUCAAAUUCGUCUUUUUAUUCAAGAACAAAAGAAAAACUCCUUAUCAAGUUUAGAUUCAUGGUCAAUCAUUGAAGCUCUUGCUGUUUUUGGACCAAUAUUUCCGAUUGAAAUACCAACAAGAGAUUGUGAUAUUUGUAUGGAAGCUCGGCCAUAUGAUGAUAUUUAUGUAUUUGAUUGUGCUGAUAGUCAUAAAUCAUGUUACUCAUGUUAUUAUCAAUCAUGUCAAGCAAAAAUGUCAAAUGGAGAAAUUUUAACUUGUGCAAUUUGUACAAAUCCAUUACGUGAUGGUGAACUUAAUCAACUUCGAAUUUCUAAAGAAGAAUUGAAGAAAAUUCUAGAAUAUCAAAUGAGGAAAACAUUUGAUGCCUAUUCAAAUCGUACUCGUGGUAUUGUUAAAUGUCCGAAUCAAGAAUGUUCAUGGAUUGCUGAAGCUGAAGAUCCAAAUGAACGCUUUAGAGUUGUUUGUCCACUUUGCAAUAAAGAAUUUUGUUCACUGUGUAAUCAACAAUAUCAUUAUCGUACAACAUGUGAUCAACUUCCACAAAUAACUCAACGAUGGUUUUUUUGGUGUCAAACAGAACGUAAUCGUUAUUUAACAAUGAGAGCUGAACAAGAUACAGCAUAUGCAGCUCAAUUAGCCGAUUUUAAUCGUAAAAAUACAGAAAAUGAAAAUCGUAAUCGUGAUUUACGUCGUCGUUAUGAAGAAUUAAUGCACGAUGAAAAAUAUAAACAGGAAAAUUGUCGUCUUUGUCCGUCAUGCAAAAGAGUCGUCCAACGCCUUGAAGGUUGUGAUUCAAUGAUAUGUGGUCAAGAUGCACAUGGAGGCAAUGUCCAAUCAGGUUGUGGAGCCAAAUUUAAUUGGGCACAAGCACAACAAUAUGCAGCAGCAGCAACAAAUCAACCGAGACAAACUAUUGUCGAUUUACCCAAACCAGAAAAUCCUGUUGUUCAUCAUGAUGGUGUCAAAUGUGAUCAUUGUCAAAAUGAUGUUAUUGGAAUUCGUUUUGAUUGUGUUCAUUGUCCAUCAUUAACAUUUUGUGAAAAAUGUGAGCAACAAUUAACAUUAGAUCAUUCAACAGAAAAUCAAUUUCUUCAACAACAACAACAUGUUUUCAAACUUAUUAUGGUACCACAAGAAGAAGCUAAUUAA